AUGAAUAAGCUGCAGCAGCAUUUGCUGUUUUCUGCAGCAGAUGACGUGAGGAGGCCAGCAGCAGCAGAGACAGGAGCUGCAGCAGCAGAAGCAGCAGCAGCAGCAGAAUGCUCUCAACCUGCAGCUGCUGCUGCUCAUGAUUGGGAAGCAGUAGAACGCCUCAGCCAGAAGUAUCGUCAGCUAAAGAAGCAGAACGCGCUGCUGAAGGAGGCGCUGCGGCAGCAGCAGAAACAGCAGCAGCAGCAGCAGCAGCAGCAGCAGGGACAGGAGCAGGAUCAGCAGCAGCAGCAGCAGCAGCAGCAGCAGCAAGAAGAACCCCAGGGUCUUGUGAGCCAGCUGCAGCAGCAAGUAGCUCUAGGGGAGUUCAGGCAGCGGCAGCUGCUGGAUGAUUUGGAUACGGCGCAGCGUGAGUUGAAGCGGCAGCAGCAGCAGCUGCAGCAGCAGCAGCAGCAACUGCAGCAGCAGCAUCUGCUGCUGCUCAAAGCGGGAGCAGCUAACACUACUGGGGGAGGCAACCCAGGCAGCAGCUGGGGGCUGUCGCUGCUGGGGGGCGGCAGUGCAGCAGCAAAAGAGGCAGAGCUCAAGGCGCUGCAGCAGCAGAUAGAGGUGAUGCGGGAGGAGCUGCAGCUGAAGAUAGAGGAGAACGAGCGGCUUCACUUGGAGGCAUUUGAAGAGAGGCAGCAGCAGCAGCAGCAGCAGCAGCAACUCGAGGCCACGAUUCAGUUGCUGCAGCAGCAGCACGAAGAAGCUCAGCAGCAGCAGCAGCAGCAGGCUGCAGAGUAUGCAGAACAGCGAAAACAUUACGAGCAGCUGCAGCAGCAGCAAGAAGAGAAGAUGAAGCAGCAGCAGCAGCAGCUAGAACAAGCUAGGGAGGAGAAGCAACUGCUGCUGCAGCAAGCAAUGGAGGAUCGGCAGCAGCUUCUGCUUCGGCAGCAGCAGCAGCAGCAGCAGCAGCAGCAAACAGUUGCAUACUACAGCAACCUGCUGGGUUGCGACUACACGCGGCUGCCUCUGCUGCGCUGUCUCGACUUGGCCUCUGGUGGUUAUGCUGCUGCUGCUGCUGCUGCAGCAGCAGCACAAGAGGAGUUUCUGCAGCUCAUUGCUGCUGCUCUUGGAGACCUGCAGCACGUGCUGCAGUGCUGGGCAGCAAGCCUAGAAGUAUCAGCAGCAGCAGCAGCAGCAGCAGCAGCAGAAAAAGGCAGCAACGAAGACGACCCCAUUUCAUCAGAUGCAGAAACACCCCCCCACCGGCUCCCCCUUUCUAUUGGCUUGGCCUGGCGUAUACGCAUAGCCACGCGGCAGGCUCGCCGAGCCGCCGUAGACUCUGUGGCUUCCAUCGCUACGGUGUCGUCGUUGCUGCAGCGCGCUGCUGCUGCUGCUGCUGCUGCAGCUGCUGCUGCUGCUGCUGAACCUGCGGCCCAGAAGACCCGCAGCGGCUUCGGUGUAUAUACAGAGGAGCUGCGCAAAGAAACAGAGAAGCUGAGUGCUUCCUUUAGUCGGUUUGUAUCUCUCACCCUGCUGGCGGUUUCGCUGCAGCACGACGCUCUUAGCGGCCCCCAGCAGCAGCAGCGGCAGCAGCAGCAGCAGCAGCAGCAGCGGCAGCAGCAGCUGCAGCAUCUUGAUGCAUUGCAAGGAUGCGACAACUACAGUACUGCAGACCCUUUUGGGGCGCUGCUGGAGGAACUGCAGCGGGGAGCAGCAGCUGUUGCUGCUGUAUCGAAUGCUGCAGCUGCCUUCUUGGGCCUGAGACACAGCAGCAGCAGCAGCAGCAGCAGCAGCAGCAGCAGCCGUGAUGAGUACGUUGCUGCAGACACCCGGGCACUCUCUAAGCAGCACUUUGCUGAGCUUGCUGCUGCACUAACAGAUCCUCAAGAGCAGCAGCAGCAGCAGCAGCAGCAGCAGCAGGAAGCACUGCAUGCAACUGACAGGAUGCAGCAGCAGCCCCAAGGUGCACGCAUGCAUCUUCAGCUGCAGGCGGAGCCAGGGUUAACCCCUUUUCCCGUGCUGCAGUCCGCAGCAGCAGGAUCGCAGCAACAGCAGCAGCAGCAACAGCAGCAGCAGCAGCAACACGGAGGCCUAAGUUCACCUUUUCCGUGGCGCAGCUGCUUGAAGCUGCCGCAGCAGCAGCAGCAGCAGCAGCAGCAGCAGCAGCAAGUAGAGGAAGCAGAACUUCCUCGAUCGGAGUGCAGAAAAUGGCUGCAGCAGCUGAGAAGGCGCAACGGUGCAGCAGCAGCAGCAGGCCUCACUCUGUCGGGAUGGCGAGGAGCAGCAGCAGCAACAAAAGAACGGCUGCUGCAGCUUCUUGUUGAAACACUAACGGCACUCCUUCAGACAUUCCGUUAG